AUGAGCUCGUCAUUGGAGGAACGUCUCAAGUCCAACUCAUCAGCGUUUGAUGGUCUCUUGUCGUUAAUCCCGGCAAAGUACUACUACGACGAUGAUACACAGGAGCAAUGGAAGGCCAAGAAGCAGUCCAAAGAGGACGCGCACAAUAACAAGAGGGCGAAGCUGGAUCCGGAGCUUUCCCGUGAGAGUGAAAAGGCCGGCACUGCGGCUGCGGUGCUGAAGAAGAGGGCACAGUCUGCCAAACCUGUAGUGAUACCAGGCCAGAAGAAGCAGGAGAAGGCUCAGGAGGCCAAGCAGGAGAACGAGAGAGCUGCUCCAAAGGAGCAGUCCGACGAGGAUGAAGAAGAAGAAGAGGAGGUGAAUAUCAUAUUUGAUGACGAGGGAAAUGAGAUUGUCGAAGAAUCCGAAGAGUCUGACCAUGAAGAAAUGCCCGUCGAGGAGAAGAAAAACGGUAAGGACUUGAGUGACGAGGAAAAGAGAAAGAAAGAGGAGUCGAUUAAGGCUUUGAGGGAGAAACUUGCCUCAAAGAUCACUUUCAUGAAGGAGAAACGUAAAGCCCCUGGCUCGAAGGCUAGCGGCGCACCAUCUUCUCGUGAGGCCAUCUUGGAAGAACGUCGUAAGAAAGCUGAGGCCCGCGCAGAGAGAAAGCGUCAUCGCUUGCAAGAAGAAGGCCACGACGAUGACGAUGAUGACGACAGCAACAAUGACGAUGACAGUGAAGCUGAAGAAGAGGACAAAUCGGAUAACGUCAUCUAUCAGAACAUCGUCUUUGACGAGAACACUCGUGCAACUUCAGAUUUACAAAACGUAAGAGUCGACAGGAAGAAAGGUCCAGCCAAGAAGGACUUGAAGGCCCAUCUCAAGUUGGUUGAACAAAAGAAGCAAAAGCUGGAGAAUCUAUCUAAGGAUAAGAAACAGGAGAUAGCAGAAAGGGAAAAUUGGAACAGAACUUUAGCAGCAGCUGAGGGACAGAAGCUGAGAGACGAUGAGAAGUUGUUAAAGAAGGCCAUCAAACGUAAAGAAGCCCAGAAGAGACGUUCUGAGAUCGAAUGGAGAGACCGUAAAGAUCACGUUGAGAAUCAAAUAAAGGCAAAGCAAAAGAGAAGAGAGGAGAAUUUGGCAAUCAGAAAGGCGAACAAAGGUGUUAAACGUAAAAAUCAGAUCAAACAACUCAGAACAUUCAAAACCUCAAUUGCACCAAAAAGAGCAGGCUUUGAAGGCAGAAGAAGAACAAAGAAAUGA